UUCUCACGCAUGGGACUAAAGGAGGACGGGAUUUACCGGGACGGGACUUCAUCACCGGCGAACUUACGCGGUCCGAUGUGGAUCCGUACCCGCGCCCAGCCAGCGCACUAACUGCCCCCCCCAAAGGAGGAAUGCCAGCUCCUGAGCAGAGCCCAGUGAAGGAGGAGGGGCUUCUGCUGACCACCCGAGAGGGGUCCACUGGCAACAACAUGGAGGCAGACAACACAGCAAACAACAUCCUGGCCUCCGUCAAAGAACAGGAGCUCCAGUUUGAGCGGCUUACCAGGGAACUGGAAGUGGAGAGACAGAUUGUGGCCAAUCAGCUGGAAAGAUGCAGACUUGGGACCGAGUCACCAGGCGCUGCUAGCAGCAGCUCAUCUGAAAAGUCCCUCCCUUGGAGAUCUGCAGAUGCCUCCACUGUGGGUGAUGCCAAGUCUCGGGUGACUGACAACUCCCAGUCGCCUAGCUACCGCAUCAGGACCGAGUCGGAGCAGGUGUCCCUGUACUCCCCAGAGCAUUCCUCUCUCCAUGAAAGGUCUGCAGGGAAUUCGCGCAGCUCAACUCAGAUGAACUCGUACUCUGACAGCGGCUACCAGGAUGCCAGCAGUGGCUACUACAGCAGCCAGAACCUGGGCAAGGCUGAGCUGAGAAUGCAGCACUCAUUCCCUGGCUCGGGACCUGGCACCGGCACCCUGAUGAGGAAUGCCAGGGCUGAGGGCCAGACUUCAGCCCAGUCUCCAGCUGUCACUGCCGCAGUGCCGGGCCGGGCCAUGAGGAGGGUGAGCUCGGUUCCCUCCCGCACCCAGUCGCCAGCCUACGCCAGCAGCAUAUCCCCCUCCCGCGGCUCCCUGCGUGCCUCAGCGGGCAGCGGCUAUAGCUCUCCUAUCGUCACCGAACCCAAGCCGCUCUCCAGCAUCUUUUCCACCACUCUGCCCUCCGCCCAGCGCACAGGCACCAGCGGUGGCUCCCCAUACUCCACCCAGAAGAACUCCCCCGCUGCCCUACGACGCAUGGGCUCCACUAACUCACGUUCGGGUAGUGCCAGCCGCACCACCUCCCCCUACCAGGCCUCUGCAGGGUCAGCGUCCGGGCGCAUGGGCUCGCCUCUCACCAUGGUGGACGGAAUGACCCCUCCACUGACGAAGCAGCCCGGUCAGUCAUCGUCUCCCAUCAGGGCCAGUAUGACUGCCGUGCCCCAGCACUAUAACUCCACCCUUCCACGCUCCAUGCUCCAUGACACCGACCCCUACGGAGCCCAGAGCUAUGACAUCUACGAAAGGAUGACGCGACCUGAGAGCCUCACAGGCCUACGGAGCUCCUAUGCCAGUCAGCACAGCCAACUGGGCCAGGAUUUGCGGUCUGCCAUGUCCCCGGACCGCCACAUCGCACCCAUCUACGAGGACCGGGCCUUCCAGGGUCCAUUGUACCGAAGCCCCAACCAUGCCCCGCAAGGCACCUUGUACAGGAGCGCCUCAGGUGUGGGGAGCCUUCAGAGGACCUCCAGCCAGCGCAACACCAUGACAUACCAAAGAAGCAACUACGCUCUCAACUCAGCAGCCACCUAUGCUGAGCCCUACCGCUCCGCACAGUACCGGCCCUCCGAUCCCACCUACACCCGCCAGGCUGUUGUCAUGGAUGACGGUGCCACCCGCUCCCCUUCCAUUGACAGCAUCCAGAAGGACCCCAGAGAGUUUGCCUGGCGUGACCCAGAGCUGCAAGAAGUGAUUCACAUGCUGCAGCACCAAUUUCCCUCGGUGCAAGCCAAUGCCGCCGCCUACCUGCAGCACCUGUGCUUCGGUGAUAACCGCGUCAAGGUCGAGGUGUGCCGCCUCGGGGGCAUCAAGCACCUGGUGGACCUACUUGACCACAAGGUCCUGGAGGUCCAGAAAAACUCCUGCGGGGCUCUACGGAAUCUAGUCUAUGGAAAGGCCAUGGACGACAACAAGGUGGCCGUGAGAAACGCUGGCGGUAUCCCUGCCCUGCUCCGCCUGCUGAGGAAGACUGUUGACGCAGAAGUGCGUGAGCUUGUCACGGGGGUGCUGUGGAACCUGUCGUCAUGCGACGCUGUCAAGAUGACAAUCAUCCGGGACGCCUUAACGACCAUGACCAACACUGUGAUCAUCCCUCACUCCGGGUGGAGCAACUCCACCUUCGACGACGACCACAAGCUCAAGUUCCACUCCUCCCUGGUGCUGAGAAACACCAGCGGCUGCCUGAGAAACCUAAGUUCUGCUGGCGAGGAGGCCAGAAAACAGAUGCGCACUUGUGAAGGCCUGGUGGACUCACUACUGUACGUCAUCAAAGCCUGUGUCAACACCUCAGACUUUGACAGUAAGAUUGUGGAGAACUGCAUUUGCACUCUGAGGAACUUGUCGUAUCGCCUGGAGCUGGAAAUGCCCCCAUCUCGAUUGAUGGGGGGACAGGAGCUGGAUGGCUUGCUGGGAAGCGAGUCGCCCAGUAAGGAGAUCGACUCCAGCUGUUGGGGAAGGAAGAAGAAGAAGAAGAAAAAGAGCUGUCAGGAAGACACGUGGGAUGGUGUAGGACCCAUCCCUGGCUUUUCUAAGUCUCCGAAGGGGGCGGAGAUGCUGUGGCACCCAGCUGUGGUCAAGCCCUACUUGACUCUGCUGGCUGAGAGCUCCAACCCCGCCACUCUGGAGGGCGCAGCUGGAUCACUGCAGAAUCUGUCUGCUGGCAACUGGAAGUUUGCAGCAUACAUCCGCGCAGCGGUGCGUAAAGAGAAGGGACUGCCUAUCCUUGUGGAACUGUUGCGGAUGGACAAUGACCGUGUGGUGUGCUCUGUCGCCACAGCUCUGAGGAACAUGGCGCUGGAUGUCCGCAACAAGGAGCUCAUAGGGAAGUACGCGAUGAGGGACCUGGUCAACCGUCUCCCUGGGGGAAACACCACCCUGCUGUCGGAUGAAACGGUAGCCGCCAUCUGCUGCACCCUGCAUGAGGUCACCAGCAAGAACAUGGAGAAUGCCAAGGCCCUGGCCGACACAGGUGGCAUCGAGAAGCUGGUCAACAUCACCAAGGGCAGAGGGGACAGGUAUUCCAUGAAGGUGGUCAAAGCAGCCGCUCAGGUGCUGAACACACUGUGGCAGUACAGAGAUCUGCGUACCAUCUACAAGAAAGAUGGAUGGAACCAAAACCACUUCCUCACUCCUGUGUCAACACUGGAACGAGACCGGUUCAAGUCCCAGCCCACCCUCCCCACCAGCACCACGCAGAUGUCCCCCGUCAACCACCCUGCUGGUAGUACCACCUCAUCUCCUGCUAUGCUGGGCAUCAAAGAGCAUCGCUCAGAUUACCAGAGGGCACAGUCAACUAUGCAAUUUUAUAAUUACCAAGGGGACAGCAGUGUACAUAAAAAACAAUACACAGGGUCUGGGAAACCACCUCCAUUUUACUACCCCUCGCCUACGAGAGAGGAGCCCCGGAGAACUCAGCCGUUGUACUACACGGAGGAGCCAGGCAGGAGGAACUACGACACCUACAGAAUGUACCUGCAGCACCCUCACGGCUAUGAGGACCCUUACAUGGAAGAGGUCAUCACCUACCCUCCCAUGGCAGACUACAGCUCCCAGCCUCACGGACUCAAAUCCACCACCAAUUACGUGGACUUUUACUCCAGCACACGGAGGCCUUCCUACCGGGCGGAGCAGUACCCCGGCUCCCCUGACUCCUGGGUAUAGGCCCCGGGAGAUGGGGGGAGGGGUGGCGGGGUGAUUUGGGAGGGGCCCCAAGACGUUCCAAGGGUUUAACUGAGAACUGCUUUAAUCCCCGACUCUGCAGCCGGGGACCCAGAGCCUAGAUCCCAGCCCUCAGGGCAAUGUUCAUACCUGCAGUAGAAAUAGAGGGGGGUGGGGGUCAUACUAAAACUGAUGAAAUGUUUCAUGAACUUUUCUUUGUGAGUGUGUUCCGCAUUUUUUUUUAAAAGUUUUUUCAAGUGAAUGUGGGAGAGGAGUUCGACCGAGCGACGGCAGAUGGGAAGAAGGAAUGUGAGCCAAAGAAGGAAAUCAAAGAAUGUUGUUUCUCAUUAUUUUCUAGAGGAAGACAGAAUCAUGCAGUGGGUGUGUUGAUGGGCGGUACCGGAUAUUAACCAUGAGGCGUGUGUCCUGCUCUGUCUAGAUGUUAGUUUUAUUUUGUUUUUUUACUUCUGAAGCCCGUAGCAGAGAUAGCAUGGUGAAGGUGUGAGUCGUGUGGAAGGAUAUGCGGUAGAGAGUCAAGAUGGGGAAUGUGUAUGUUGUAUGUGCAGAAGCCAAAAUGGAUCAUGAACUCAUGUCUGUAAAAAAAUAAAAAUAAAAGCUAAAAAUAAUAGUAAA